UUCAGACGGACGACAUCCCAGGAGAACAAAGAUGUCCCUGCACCAGGCUUCCUUGCUCUUGGCUUCCUUGCUGCUCCUCUCUCUUGCCCUCCAUAGUGCCCUGGCCCUGAAGCUCUGCUCCUUCAAUGUGAGAUCAUUUGGAGAGCGGAAGAAGGAAAACCACAAUGCCAUGGAUGUCAUUGUGAAGAUCAUCAAACGCUGUGACCUUAUACUCCUGAUGGAAAUCAAGGACAGCAGCAACAACAUCUGCCCCAUGCUGAUGGAGAAGCUGAACGGAAAUUCACGGAGAAGCACAACCUACAACUAUGUGAUUAGUUCUCGACUUGGAAGAAACACAUACAAAGAACAGUAUGCCUUCCUCUAUAAGGAAAAGCUGGUAUCUGUGAAAGACAAAUACCUCUACCAUGACUACCAGGAUGGAGAUGCCGACGUGUUUUCCAGGGAGCCCUUUGUGGUUUGGUUCCAGUCACCCUUCACUGCUGUCAAGGACUUCGUGAUCGUCCCCUUGCACACGACGCCUGAGACUUCCGUGAAAGAGAUCGAUGAGCUGGUUGACGUCUACACGGAUGUGAAACGGCGGUGGAAAGCACAGAAUUUCAUCUUCAUGGGUGAUUUCAACGCUGGCUGCAGUUAUGUCCCCAAGAAGGCCUGGAAGAACAUCCGUUUGAGGACUGACCUCAACUUUGUUUGGCUGAUUGGGGACCAGGUGGACACCACAGUCAAGAAGAGCACCAACUGUGCCUAUGACAGGAUUGUGCUUCGAGGACAAGAGAUAGUCAGCUCCGUGGUUCCCAAUUCAAAUGGCGUCUUUGACUUCCAGAAAACUUAUCAGUUGUCUGAAGAGGAGGCCCUGGAUAUCAGUGACCACUUUCCAGUUGAAUUUAAACUCCAGUCUUCAAGGGCCUUCACCAACAACAGAAAAUCUGUUGCUCUAAAGAAGAGAAAAAAAGGCAAUCGCUCCUAGGUACCAUGGUGCCAUUUUUUUUUAAAAGUCACUCCUUGCUUCUAAAUAAAAUGGCUCUCAUAGGUCUAAACUAUCUGCACACUCUGCACACUCAGGAAUUAGGAAUGACCUGGCUAAUUUUAUUUUCUAUCUGAGUCCAUUCCACCUUGAGCCAAGUUGGGAGAGAGUCUUCUGUUAUGCCUCUUUGACCCCACACCAUCACUGGGACCUACCACUAGUUAGGUAGCAGGUCAAAUGUCAGCUGUCAGCCCUAGCUGUCAGUGCUCACAAGAGACUCCAGUUUCCCAGAAAUGAGCAGAAAUGUCAAGACUCAAAUCAUACCUCAUGAUGUCUCAAUCAGACUCUGCUUCAUCCUGCUGGGGUUGGGCAAUUGUAACAUCUAUCAGGAAUGAAGAAUGAGGGCCAUUCCUACUGUGUUUUCCUGGCUCCAUUGUCCUAACUCAAUCAACCUAGUAACCUCCAGUGUCACCUGCCGUGCACCGUGCCCCCGUG